CCCCGAGGUAAUAUAAAAAAUAAAAAUGAAGAUAUGGGCGAAUCGGAGAACAAUUAUCAACAAAUGUUUCGAGAUUUUCAGCUGCUACUGCAGCAGCAGCAAGAGCAGCAUCAGCGGCAGCUGCAGCUGCUGCAGCAACAACAGGAGCAACAGUUGCAGCAACUGAGGGAGGAGCUGCUCCCUCAGCAACAAGAACGGCAGCAACCGAGGGAGGGGCCCCUCCCUCAGAAGUAAGCUUUGGAGGCGGACGAA